GAUCACAGACAUUGAGACAUUCAUGCUGUUGGACAAUAACGACUUCACCAGAUUAAGACUAUCAACGAAAAUGAUCAAGAUUAUCCAGAAAACACAAAAACAGUAUACCGACCUAAUUAUUGAAGAAAGGCUUGAUGAUACCGACAACGCGGACAAGGCAGAAGAUGAAACAGAAGAAACUAUAGUAGUUGAAGGUGAGGCCAUCAUGAACCCGGAGCACAUCUACAAAACAAUUAACCUUGAUCAGGAAAUUGACAUCAACACUGUACUAUGUCAAACUCAAAAUGGAAGAGGAUUGACUGAACUUCUGUUGGAAGGACAAAACGCAGACGAGAAAAUGAUAACACAGAUCACUCACAUUCUGUGCGAUUGUUUGCUAGCAGUCUAUGGAGAGAGGCCUUCGACGUUCCAUAAGGAUAUGAUUGCACGAUCACUCGUUAAGACUUAUCCUGUUUUGGCAUCAAAAGCUUCCGAGGUUCCACACGCAUUGUGGUUUCACAAGAAUGGACGUGGAGAAGGUCGUCAUGCGGGGAAGAUCCAUUAUCGGAUGGAGUAUUAUGCCAAAAAGUCUGAUAAAAGGGUUAUUUCCCGUCCCCGUGCUCAACAGAAUACCCAAGAACCGGAACCGGAACAACCAAACUUGCUGGAUGUUGACGAGGAUUUGGAUACUUUGAUCAAUGAGCUGAAAUUUGCGGUUCCUUCGGAGAUAACGAAAGCUCAUAUUAAAAAUCUUUGGCGAAAAACGAUAAAGGUUCGCAAAGAUCACCGGGACGAAGGGACAUUUCUUACAUUCUUGGGAGAUUUUCCAGUAGCUUCGGCGUUUAAUGGUUUGCUGAUAACGAAUGAUUAUGAAGUAAUGAAGCCCAAAUCUUUCGAUUUCGGUGAGGCUUGGAGCGACAUCCAGAGAAAAAUUUUGGAGCGACACCGCGACAUGUUCCGCUACGUAAACAGCGAUUUCAUCAGGGCGCUGGCGGUUGUACGAGAAAAGAACCCUACUCGCGGGUCAAAGCGGCUGAGAGAGGAAAUCGACAAGGAUCUUCGGAAAAUCAAUCCCCUCCAUGGAAUUAUUCAAUGGAUUCAUGCUGACAAAGAUAUGCCAACACCAGAUAUACCACAGAUAAUAGUUGUUGGUGAGCAGUUCAUGGAAGGUACUUGUUCGCUUGUAUGGAAAAAUGUUGUGAUUCCAGUAGAGACGGGUGUUCUGUCGGCAUUUGUUUUAUUGUGCAAGGCCUUCACCGUUUUCGGUAUAAAAUGCUCGCCGGCCGACAAACUAUUCUUUAGUUUCUUUAAUGCCACAUGCUUUAAGGUAGAAGCAUUGAGCACUACCGCCAAUAAGUUUAUGAAUCUUUUGUAAAAUGCUUAUGUAUGUAAUGGGUAAAUUUCCCUUAAGAUAAAAAUAAAAAUUAAUGAAUU